GCGGGGCGGGGCGGGGCGGCCGUUGGGGUGCGCGCGCGCUGGUGCCCCCUCCCUUCAGUGCCGCUCGGCAGCCGCGGCGGCAGCAGCAGGAGCGGUGCUGUGUCCUCCUCCUCCUCCUCCUCCUCCUCCUCCUCCUCCUCCUCCUCCCGUUCCCCGGGCACGGUGAGCACCGCCGCGUCUGCGGGCACGGCUCGCUGAGCCCCGGGACCCCCCCCAUCACCUCAUAUCUCCAUAGGGCAGCGACCGUUAACGGCUGCCCCCCCCUCCGUUGGGACGCGGCGGCUGCGAGGGGGGGGGAGCCGGGGCCGGGAAGGUGGCUGAGGGGGGCUGCGAGGGCUCGGCACCCAGGACUAGCCUUUUUUUUUUUUUUAAUUUAUUUUAUUUUAUUAUUAUUUUUCCCGUCGUGUUCCGCGGCUGCCCGGGAAACUUCCUCAGCCCGGUUCUCAACUUGGAGCAGAAAGGAGGAAAGGGAAAAAAAAAAAAAAAAGCCAUCCGUUUCCUUUGGUGUUGCGGCCGCCGGGAAGCCCAGCCGAUGCAGUUUAUGUUGCUUUUUAGUCGCCAGGGGAAGCUGAGACUCCAGAAGUGGUAUGUCCCGUUAUCUGACAAAGAGAAGAAGAAAAUCACAAGGGAACUUGUUCAAACAGUAUUAGCCCGCAAACCGAAAAUGUGCAGCUUCCUGGAGUGGAGAGACUUGAAGAUUGUCUACAAAAGAUAUGCAAGCCUCUAUUUCUGCUGUGCUAUUGAAGAUCAGGACAACGAACUAAUAACUCUGGAAAUAAUUCAUCGUUACGUAGAACUUCUUGACAAGUAUUUUGGAAGUGUAUGUGAACUUGAUAUCAUCUUCAAUUUUGAAAAAGCCUAUUUUAUUCUGGAUGAGUUCCUUUUGGGAGGGGAAGUUCAGGAGACUUCCAAGAAAAAUGUUCUCAAAGCCAUUGAGCAGGCAGAUCUUUUACAGGAGGAAGCAGAGACCCCACGUAGUGUACUUGAAGAAAUUGGAUUGACAUAAAUCUUCAGUUCCGCUGAUGACAUCUCAGUGUUUCAUACUGUAAAUGUUCACUGCCUUCAUUGUAAUGUUUAGCUAAUGGUGUAAGAUGCUGUUUGUCAGUAUUACUGUUUUGCUAAGCUGCUUCAUUCAGGCCUACAAGAGAAAUUCUCCUUUUGAAAAGGGAACAGGAAACUGAAGUCCAAACACGAUAAACGAAAGGGAAUUAGAUUUAAAUUGACUCAAUGUCUUUCUUCUCUGCAUUUAUAGAAAAAUUGCAUUUGAUUUCAGUAAGUGUACUGUUUUUAUAAGCAAACUUGACUUCAGGAAAUAAAUGUAUCAUUGCCAUAGUAUAUCUAAAUGAACGGAAACUACAUGGACAACUUCAAGUAUGAAAUGUUAUAUUGUAGAAAUUGUGUUUAUGCAACCAAAGACUUUCGUUCAUCUAUGUUUUUAGUCAACAGGUGUGAUAAUUCUGCUUUCUUUCAGUUGAUGCAUUAAGAUUGGAAAUAACUGUUUACUACUGAAUUUGCCAUUAUACCAAAGAAUCCUCUUAGGAUCUGCAUAUCAAACUGGUUAAAAACUGUUAAAGUGGUAAUGCUUUUUGCAAGAAAGCUGCAAACUGAUCAUUUACUAGCAGUGAAAAUGUAUUUACAUGUAGUUAUCUGAGCAAAACUGUGCAAGUUACUAUAUUAAAAAGGGAAUGCAUGUAGUUAAAAAUCCAAACAGGGAAACUAUUUUUAAAUCAGUAUUAGCUUGCUCUGAAUAUAAACACACAAAAAAGUAGCCUUUUUGACACUAUAGAGGUAUGUAAUGAAAAUGGGAUACUUUUGAACAUGGAAAGAGGGAGCUUUACAAAAGGGAGUUUUUAUGAUUUUCUUCUGAACUCUACAACUUAAUUUGUAUUUAUUGGUGUUUUAUAGUUACGCUUUAAUGGGUGUUUAAGCACCUUUAGGAAAAACAGUGUCAGCUUCAUGUUUGAAUACUUUUCUUGACUUAUAUCUUUCACGUGUGAUGCAUCCCUUAUAAAACUCCUACCUGGUAUACAGUGGUAUAACCAACUAAUUUGCAGUGAGAACUUUUAAAGCCAGAUUUGUAUAUGAGAUUGACUGCAAAUGGGGCAAAGUGAUAUCAGGUGAUAGUUUGACACUUCUCACAGGCUCUUUAAUUGUACAUUCGAACUGUUUCACUUGAGGAGAUGUGGUUCAUGUAUGCUUUGCGAGUUCUGAGAGGGUAUCGCUACACCUGGGAGUAGCAAAGUUCUGUGUGCGUGCAUGGUCCCUGAGAAUGCCAGGCUUUGUUUCCCUCUCUUCCCUUCCCAGCAAUUUCACUGUAGAAGUCCAUGUUUGGGCUGGGUCAGUUAAGUACGUAGUGCCAUGUAUGUUCUCACCAAACUGAGUUUUGGCAUGGCUGAUGGAGGCAGUUGUGCAGUGCUAGCAUGAGCAGUUACACAGCCGGGGGAGAGCCAGGCUGUGGGCCUGGCCUGAUGGGGGCUAAAUGUAACCCACCAGAAGAGGGUUGGUGGUGACAGGCGUGGGUUCCCUGACCCAGGUCCCAGUGUGGGUGGCAGCAGAAGGCAGGGGUGGGUCUGCAUGCCUCAGUGGCAGUGCUGGAGCAGAGCCUGUGAACUCGCAGCGUUCAACUUUGUCUGCUUAAGCCAUUUCUGGGAUUUGAACAUACUGCAUUGCUACAGACCGUGGUUAACUUGAGGCACACACAAGCAGUGGGUUGCAUUUCCUCUGUGCAAGAUUCCUCUGUGCAAGAUGUGCAGGGAUAGAUGAGGUUGAAGUGGUGUUAGAAUACCCCUCAGUGUGAGAUGGAAGCAGUGAAAUUACCUUUAGUCAAACCUGAAGCAAUUUCCUACAUAUUCAGCGUUUUUAAAGUUUACACUGUCACUUGUAUGUGCUUGGCUGGGUUAAGCUUUGUUGUGAUUGUGAUGAAUAAAUUGUUUGACCUCCGUUGUACUGUCACAUUGGUUUAGUUGUAAUAAAUGUCCAUUUUUACACCAUU